AUGUCCGCAGUCCAUGGCAAUAUGCGCGUCGGGGAUUUGGGUCACUUCCAGAUGUUUCGCGAGGGGCCUCCACAAAUGAGCGGCGUGGGGAACACAGAUUAUGGGGCCCCAGAUGUUACCAACUACUUCAGCUCCUCCAACUCUGUUCCGAGGACGGACAAAUGCGUGGCCAUUCUAACCCACAGAAGAAAGAGGACCAAUUUUACCCAACAGCAAAUCGAGGUGCUGGAGAAAGUUUACUCCGACACCAAAUAUCCUGACAUCUAUCUCAGAGAGAGACUGGAAGCUCUAACGGGGCUGCCAGAGUCCAGAAUUCAGGUGUGGUUUCAGAACAGAAGGGCCAAGUCUCGUCGUCAGGUUGGUUCCUCAGCGUCCAUGAAGUUCUCUAACACGCCAGCAGGCGGCCCCUUCGGCCAGCACCAGAACCUCAUGGCUCCAGAGAAAGUUCAUGACAGCAGCAAUGGAGCAGAGGUCCACAGGACAGGAACCUUUGGACUAGAAGAUCAUUUCAGGGCGACAAUGCAUCAAAGCACAAAGGACUCUCACCGGACCAGCGGUCUGACCAAAACCGGCAGCUAUGACCACACAUCCUCCUCCUGCAUCUACGAGGAGAAGGGACCCAUAGGGGCGACCGACAGGAUGCAGCAACACAAGCCUCGUGUGACCGCCCCGAGCCCUAACGUCCAGCUCUAUCCCCACGAAAAUGACCAGCACGCCAAGAUGGAAGGCAGAGCGUCGGGCAGCCAGGGCCCGAAAGUACUAGUGGAGUACGACAACUUCCCACCAAAUAAGACUAUAGGACCAGAGAUGAAAGUAGUGAUUCCUCCCAUCCCAACACAGAAUAACUUCAAUAGAUCGUCACCAAAGGAAAAUGGAUGCCAAAUGCAGUACCCACAACUGAGGGCCACAGGGGAGAGGUUCGGUCACUUUUCUCCGAUCGCCCCCUCAGAGCCACAAGAUAUCACAGACUCUGAUUCUGACUGGGAAAAUGAGGCCAUGGCCAGUUUUGGUGGCUUUAUGUGA